GGCUGUGGCUGCGGCAGAGGUUAUAUAGCACGGUCGUGGCAGUGGCUUUAGUCUGUACUCUGUAGCAGUGGCAGUGGCUGAAUACUCGUGCAAGUGACAUCGCGACAGCUUUACCGGCUCAUCAUGAGUGCUGACAACGGUGUGACCAACGGAAACGGAAGUUCUGAUAAUGAUGCCAUUACAGAAAUCCAGAGUACUCAUAAAAGACAAUGGCGACGACCUCAUAUUGUGAUGGUUAACCCUGCACUCACGGUUAUACUCAUUCUGUUGUGCAUACUGCGGAAGGACGCCAUGUCGGCAAUGGUAGACCAGCUGAUGACCAAGGUCACUGAGCCCUCCAAGAGUUCAGGCAACAAGAUCACAGUAGUGGGGGUUGGCCAAGUGGGCAUGGCUUGUGCCUUCAGUAUUCUCACCCAGUAUGUAACUGAUGAGAUCGCUCUGGUAGACUGUGUGGAAGACAAGCUGAGGGGAGAAAUGAUGGACCUACAACACGGUGCAUGCUUUAUGAGGAGCCCAAAAAUCUAUUCUGGAACAGACUAUGGCAUCACGGCAAACUCCAAGAUAUGUAUCGUGUCAGCCGGAGUGAGACAGAAGGAGGGGGAGAGCCGACUCAACCUAGUCCAACGGAACUUGGAUAUUUUCAAGCACAUCAUUCCUCAGCUGGUCAAGCACAGUCCGGAUACCAUUCUGUUGAUUGUCAGCAACCCAGUUGACGUCCUGAGCUAUGUAGCAUGGAAAUUGAGUGGGUUGCCAAAAAAUAGAGUCAUUGGAUCUGGAACUAACCUAGACACAUCUCGCUUACGUUUCCUUGUCUCCCAAAAACUCAACUUGUCCGUGGAGAGUGUUCAUGGUUACAUCAUUGGAGAGCAUGGAGAUACGAGUGUACCAGUUUGGUCUGGAGUGAAUGUUGCUGGUGUCAGAUUGCGGGAUGUAAAUGAUGACAUCGGCAGGAAAAAUGACACUGAGAGCUUCAACCUUAUACACAAGCAAGUAGUUGAUAGUGCGUAUGAAAUCAUCCGACUGAAGGGCUAUACCUCAUGGGCCAUUGGUCUCUGUGUUGCUAAACUGUGCCAGUCAAUACUGCACAACGCACACUCCGUGCAUGCUGUUUCCAAUGCUGCAAAGGGAUUCCACGGUAUUGACCAGGAUGUGUUUCUUUCACUUCCCUGUGUUCUUGGAGAGAACGGAGUGUCACAUGUUAUCAAGCAGCCUCUGAGAGAGGAAGAACUUCAGCAGCUAAAGAAGUCUGCGAAGACAAUGGCUGAUGUCAUUAAAGGCCUCAAGUUUUAGAUUUUAUUGCUUUAGUCAUUGUUGUUUCUUAUGUGAUACCGGUAUCAAGUUUUAUACUGUUUACAUGUCACUGUGUCUUUUCUUUGUAAAGUAUGCUAGUAGUAAUAACCCUUCCACUACCAUGUCCAACAGUAACAGGAUAGAACUGUUAUCCUCCCAUUGUGAGGUAGUGUGAUGUUUGGUAGUGGAAGUGUUAAAGUUGUUGUCUUUUAUGUUUUUUAUAUUUAUUUUGUUGUAUUAUCAUAUGAGCACAUUUUCUUCUAUAGACAUACAGUAAACUCUUGAUUAUCUACAAAAUUGCUCAGUGCAGAUUAGUAAAUUUUGUAAUAAGUUGCAAAAUUGUUAAUAAUCAGUAGUUGAAAAAUAUUCCAUAGUAGCUUUGUAUAUUGGUUGACAGUUUCUUAUUCUAUUAUUUUGUAUAAUUUUAAAAAUUUGCUAUUUAGAAAACUUAUUAGCACUUUAAGUGCCGAGUUUUCAACGAUGCUAUCACUCUGUACUGUCAGGUCUAUUGUGUGCAGAGCUGCUGUAUAGUAAGUAUAAAUGUAGCAUGUUUCUCGUCCACUGGGAUCAACUUCAGUAACAUCUUAAUUUACCAAAAUGCUGCCAGAAUCUCCUGAUUCGUCAUGUCAGGUGAUGGUUAGUAAAUUGAGUCCACAUUCCGAUCGCCAACAUUCUCAGAAAAGUUACACACCGCUGAAUGCAUAACUCACAACAAUGCAUCUGGACAAAUUUAAAAUUGAUAAAAAUUUUUUAUCAUUAUUACAAAUAAUUCCUCUGUACUGACUGAACAACAAUCAAAAUAUAAAAUUUAAAUAAUUACAGUCGCAACUUCAAAAACGUCCAGGUAAAACUUCACCACGUGCUUUCGUGAUAGUUCUUUAGUAGACCAUCAAAGUGUAGUAGUAGUUAAACUGUGGAUUUGUAGUAGUUCCAAUAAACCCUAAUAGAGACCAAUGUGGUUCAUCUUACAGCUGCCAGACAUUAUCUUACAUCUGAUAACAUGGUCAUGGUAGUUUAACGCUAAGUGGGAUCGCCUGCAAAGUGGGAUCGCCCGUGUUAACAUGGGUUUGGCAGUUAAGGGGAUAAAUCGCUUAUACAAUUCUGAGAUGUUUUUAUGUUUUUACUAAUUUUAAUGGUGGAUACUAUGAAUAAUCUGCAAAGCAGAUGAACCACCUGUGGGUAAUCGAGAGUUUAGGUAAUUAAUUAUAAAAAGAAAAUGAAAAUUCUGGUUUUGAAAACAUCUUCAAAUCAGAUUGUAAUGUUACGUUGGUAAAUACUGUCAAGCAUCGUUCAUUUACAAUAAAAGAAUUUAAUCUCUUGAACUACAAUUUAAUUUAGUGGGAAAGAAUGAUACAUUUCUCUUGUUUCAAUAAUGUAUUUUCUUUGUUUUAUUCCUUGAACAUUUAAGUAAAAUAUAUUAUUAAAGACUUUACUGAGUCAGUUUUUCUUCUUCUUUCUUUUUCUUCAAAAAACUGAUUGAAAUGAUUAUUUUCACUCAAAAUGCUUCAUAUAAAAUUACUGUUACAAAACCAUUAUUUUUUAAAACAGAAUAUUUGUAGAUUGUAAACACUUUUUUAAGGAAAAUGUUUAAAAAAUUGUUUAAUAUAUUUUUAUAUUAUAAAAAUCACAUUUCUGAAAACACUUACUAUUUGAAACAAAAUAAUGAUAGUACUAAGAUUUACAAUGGGCUUCAGAAACAAAAUAAUGAUAGUACUAAGAUUUACAGUGGGCUUUAUAUGGAAUACUAUUCAAUAUUUGCAAGGACUAUUUAAUCACGAAGCAUUGAUCGUUCUAGUUAAGUUUAAUCUUAGGUAGAUAUUAAUGUUUGUUAAUUAUAAUUUUAAGUCUGUAUUGUGUGUUGAUUGAUUUAUUGUCAAUAUAAUAAAUUACAAUAAAACUAU